UGUCAGAGAGAAAACGUAUGGCCAGUUUAGUUUCCGAAUGGACACGAAUCUAAUUAUUCAGCGAUGCUACUUUGCUAACAUUAGCGAUACAAACCAGUUGCUAUAACCGGGUCUGCUAGCGCCUCAUUAGUUAACAACGCACUUUUAUGUCAAUUUGUUUAUCAUUCAUUCGUCAGAGCACAAUUCCGGAAUGUCAUCAUUGUUGUUCUACCUUGGCUACGGGUCUUGUUUUAAUAGUUUGAGGUUUGGAAAUGUCAACUGAUACAAAGAUUGCUGAGCUGCUCACGGAGCUCCAUCAGCUCAUCAAACAGACACAGGAGGAGAGGUCACGCAGUGAACACAACCUGCUCAAUAUCCAGAAGACACACGAGAGGAUGCAGACAGAAAACAAAACCUCUCCGUACUACCGCACCAAGCUGAGGGGGCUAUACACCACAGCCAAAGCAGACGCAGAGGCCGAGUGCAGCAUUCUGCGUCACGCUCUGGAUAAAAUUGCAGAAAUCAAGUCUCUGCUGGAGGAGCGAAGGAUCGCUGCUAAAAUGGCGGGAGUUUACGGCGAGACCGACCCUCCCAGGAAGACGAUGAGGCGAGGCGUCCUGAUGACGCUCCUCCAACAGUCGGCCAUGACGCUCCCGCUGUGGAUCGGGAAGCCGGGAGAGAGCCCUCCUCCUCUGUGCGGGGCGACUCCAGCCAGCAGCGACUACGUGGCCAAGCAGGGCGACAAGGUGGCAGCGAGAGUGAAAGCUCUGGAGGUAGACGAGCAGUGGAUCCUGGCUGAGGUGGUCAGCUACAACCACUCAACCAACAAAUAUGAAGUGGACGAUAUAGAUGAAGAAGGCAAAGAGAGACACACUCUGAGCAGACGGCGCAUCAUCCCUCUCCCUCAGUGGAAGGCCAACCCCGAGACGGACCCCGAGGCCCUGUUCAGCAAGGACCAGCUGGUGCUGGCCCUCUACCCCCAGACCACCUGCUUCUACCGGGCCCUGAUCCACACUCCCCCACACAGGCCUCAGGACGACUACUCGGUGCUGUUCGAGGACACGUCGUACGCCGACGGUUACUCUCCUCCGCUCAACGUGGCCCAGCGAUACGUCGUCGCCUGCAAGGAGAACAAGAAGAAGUGAGCGACGACCGGAUCUGCAGACUGACCCCCGCGAACGAAGCAUCAGCAUCGUUUUCAUAAGAGACUCGGUUCCGUGUUUGUGUUUCUAUCCAGAUGUCACCUGAUCGGAACUUCUAUUGAUAGAUGAUGGAAAUAUCAUUAACAACUUUGACCUGAAUGUGGAUGAAAUCGAGAGAAAUUCAGCUGAUGCCUCAACUGUUCUCUUGGAGCGCCAUCUAUUGUCCAACAUGAGAACAGCAGCUGAACGUUUCAUCCAGCUGCUGUAGUGGAAACUGUUGAAUUAUUCUGCUUGUAUGUGUUUUUUUAUGUGUCAAAAAAAAAACAGAUUUGUGUAAAUA